AUGUCUGCAUACAAUCAUCUGCCUACCGUUGAUCUUUCCCUUGUGUCAAACAACCAACAUGUAAACAUCCUCAAAGACACGGGUGUAAACGUCACAAAUGACUACGGAACGCCAAACCUCCUUUUCUUUUACUUUAUUCCUUUCCUUCCAGACGACAGAAAGCCCGACCUUGAAGCUUUACAAGACGAGAUCCAGUCUUGGAAUGCAUGGGAGCUGGGUCAGACGGAAGUUCAAGUCCGCCACAGGAUUGCGGACGGAUCACUUCCCAGUGACGAUGCUACCGCUUCUCGUGUGAAACGAACCAACUAUCGAGCCAAGGUGGUUGAUCAUCUUAGGGAGGUCAGUGAAACAACGUGGCUCGUUAAAAAUGCCGACAGCCACAGUGGGCCGUUCUCAGCGGACGUAAAAGUGGCCGAAGUCAAUGGAAAGAUUCGGGAUGUGCUUAAAGACUUCUAUGGCCAGGAGUCGCUGCCUGCCCAGUUUUCAGUCAUCCUGAACAUUAUAACCGACCUAAUCGCGUCUCAGCCUGACGCUGACAAUAGAUAUCUGUUCACAUACGUCUAUUACUAUUAUGAUGUUGAUCAGAAAGUUUUCAAACCAGAUAUCCGGCAGUUACAGUUCAGUGUAACGCAGACAGCCGCUGAGGGAGAGAAAGACACUGUCAAGCUGGACAUAUCCAAUCUGAACCAUGUGUAUUCAUUGCUAAGGGAGAAAUGGAGGAGUGUUCGCCACGAGGCUGAGGAGAUUAUCGAGGCAGGACUGUCUCUUCUUUGCAUCGUACUUAUCCCAAUAUCAAUACCAAGACCACCAUGGUAG